CCCCACACACACACAGAGCUUUGCAUGUGACACCAUCACAUGGAACCAAGGGGCACAAAGCGUAGGGUACAACAACACAACACAAACCCUUCACACAUAUCAAGGAAUGAACACCCGACCUCCGGGCUCUGAUACCAUGUAAUAUAUCAGCAAUAAAAACCAAUACCUAUGUGAGGGAGUUAUUUAUAAUAAAGCUCUAUAGAUAAUCAUUACAUUUAAGUCUUAUAUGCAAAUAUAAUCUUGAAUGACCUGGGCUAAGUACUUUGUUUUAUAAUAGAUAAUCAUUACGUUAAGUCUCCUACGCAAAUACGGUCUCCUAUGUUUACCAAGCUUUACCUAAAGAAAGCUAAACACCACCACAGAUUUAAGGAGAAUACCCAUUCUUGUGUCUUGCGACCUAGUUGGUUUUCUCGAAUGGAGCUGCAAUCUUUGACCUCGUUGCUCAGUAUUUAGAGGGCGGACCUCGGCACAAUGGUAAGGUUGCUCCAUUGUAACCUAGUGCUCGCGGGUUCGAGUCAGGAACAAUCCUCUCCCAAAGUGGGGGUAAGGCUGCAUACGCUAUGACCCUCCCAGACCCCGCGGUGGAGGGAUCCUCAUGCACUGGUGCAGCAGCAACUGCCAGCAUGCGAAGGCGGAGGACUACCGGUGGUGGCAGUGCAGCAGGAGCAAGUGGUACAAUGCUCCAGUUCUACACAGAUGAUGCCCCAGGGCUCAGGAUUUCACCUAAUGUUGUGCUUGUAAUGAGCAUUGGAUUCAUAGCCUUUGUUUCCAUCCUUCAUGUUGUAGGCAAGUUAUUCCUGGUGUCAAGAGAGGCUGGGAGGUCUUAAUACUAACAAAUCAGAAAGUCUAUUAACUUCCGAGGUGUUGGUCGAAAAUUUAUUCAAGUUCAAAUAAAUUAUGUUUUGUUUGAGUUCUGCAACUUUUUUUUGCAUGGUUGAUGUGGGAGCUUGAAUCUUAUACAGUUUUACUUUCUGUUUGCAAGUAGAGUGAGAAGCAUUGGUUCUCUUGUCA